AUUAAGUCACAAUUCAAGGACCAUGUGCUCUACUCGUAGUAACAGUUUAGUGUUUGGGCUGAGUCCAGUUUAGAUUUUUUUUUUUAGUUCCAGAGCAAGUUCUCAAAGUUCCUCGGAGUUCAUCCUCCCCCAAGUUGUACGUCACUUCACCCCUUUGUCACUUCCUGAAAAGAUGAGUGACAUAUCACGCGAUGACUUACAGGAAGCGAAACGGGAGACGCACCUCAUAGUCCCGCGACAAAAGCAGCGAGUCCACCUCCGUUUAUUUAUUUGCCAUGAUUCUCCAAGUGGUCGUUGUUCAAGACUUCGCUCUGGCAUUCGUGUUAGUUCUGCUCGGGUCCUUCUUUGGACCAGCCGCUAACAUGCUUCAUCUCCAGCAAGUCGCCUACGAGGGCGACACGGUCACUCUGUCCUCCAUCAGCGGCUCGUCCCAGGAGCUAUUGUCCAUCACGUGGUCCGUGUUUUCCAACCAGACUUGGAUCGCCACCUUUCACAGCGAGAAGAUAAACACCGACCGCUUCUUCCUGUUCAGGGGACGACUAACUCUCAACGCUUCAUCAGGCGACCUAACGAUACGCAAUGUGACCCAGGCAGACGCCGUGGACUACAGCGUGGAGAUAGUGGACGCAAAGAAGCGCACCGUGGAGAAAGUGGUGACGCUGAUGGUGAAAAAACACCUCCAGAAACCGAGCAUCAGGACGCUGUUCUCUGUGGAUUCGGACGGCGGCUGCUGGGUGGGGCUGCACUGUUUAUCUGUGGAUUUGGAUGGCAAUCUCUCGUGGACUCUGGAACCCCGCCUCGGGAUUGCCUACAAUAUGUUCGACCUUGACGACAAGGUUCUUCUGGCCAACAUCCGCAACAUCACGCUCUUCACGUGUACCUCCAGCCGCAAUACAGAGAAGGCCUCCGACAGCAUUAGCAUGGCGUGUGCGACGGCAUCCGGGCAUAUGUCUCGGCUUCGGAUCAGCCUUUGCGUCUUGGCGGGACUCGUUGGCGGCGGUUUUCUGAUGGCUGUCCUACUACAGCGCUUGAGGGCAGGGUCGAAAACAGGAAGCGCUAACAUCGUGGCUCACUAACACUACUGUUAUCCUCCACCUAAGCAUCAACAAGAUGAAGGAGGGGAAGAAGGAAGAGGAGCAGAAUAAGAGGACAAAGGAUAGAGGCUUUUGUUUUUGUCAUUCUUGGACUACGUUGCAUGCGGAAAGUAUUGGCGGUGCUUUAUUCAUUUCCUUUGAAUUUCAAAAUUGUCCACACCCGUACCGACAUCCCAUAAUCUGAUCUUGGAUGGUUGGAAAGGUGAACUUGUGUUUCAGGUACGUCAACUUGACUUGAGUAUUCAUUUGUUUGAUGACCUCUUCAUCUGACGCUCGACAUUGGCAAGAUUUUGUCAACCAAAACAAAAGAAAGCAAGAUUGCAUGUUGUGCAUUGUGCUCACGUGGUUUAUUUGAGGAGACAAUAAAGUAAACUACAAUAUACAAA